UUCUACUCAUCUCAGUGCAGAGUCAGGGUUAAGGGUUUGAGUCUGUCCAGAUCUGGAUGACGACAAACUCUGUAUAGUCGGAAUUCAGUAACAGAGUUCUUGGAAAUGUGUGAAAGAUGUCUGUCUGAUAAUCUUUCUUCUUUGCAGACAUACUCUGUAUUCAGGCAGCCCUUUGUGAUCUGGUUCAAACAGGGAUGCUGAUUCAGAAACUACAAUCAGCAAACUCAGUGUUAUUCUCCACCCAGUUACACAGUCAUCCUUCAUCCAUCUAACAAGUUUGACGCCAAACCUGCUGCAAAAUGUAGUGAAAUUCCUAAGGUGAUCUGUGUACUUACCUUUAACCUCACUGAAAAACUUACACAAAAAGCCAAAAAUGUGAUUAACAAGACAAGUUCAAAGUAAUCUUUGUUGUUGUCCUCCCUUCUUAUCUUUUGUCAGGUGGUUUCUCAGCCAUAAUGCUGAGCUGUGAUGAGGUAUGUCCAAAGUAAAUGCUAACAGCUGUGAAGUUCAGAUCAGUAUCUACCCAACAAUAGUUUAAACAAACUGACAAUGGCCAGCAAGCCAAUUUGUCAACACUUAGAUACAAAAACUGGAAUUGUCAAAGCAAUGACAUGAUGGAUCAGAAAAUGGACAUUAAAGCAAGGUUCUUUCAGUUGGGCCCUUAUUGUUGGGCAGUAGUGAGUGACUUGUGAAAAAGUCAUUCUGUCAUUGAUUUGAUUCUACUAUUCUCAGCAUCUUCUUUAAUGUCCCCUAAAAAUUUUUUGAAGUUGAGCAAUAAUUAAAGCUACUAGGUAUGUCAUGUACUGAAAGUCUUCCAUUCUUUGUUUUUUCAUGCACAUACCAAGGGAUUGUGUAACUGAGAAGAACUUGAUUGUAAGAAUAGGCAUGUUUUUAUUUUGUUGUUUGCAUGGUAGAAAAUUUUAUCACAUCUUCCCCUAAGCUUAAUUUGGAGUUGCUAUAUCCAUUGUUUGUUGACCUUGCAAUAAUAUUGCAUUGAAUCCUUUGUCUUCCUACUGCACUGUAUUUUCAGUUUAUAACUUUAACCAAUCAGUGAUGGCUGCAAAGAUUUUCCCUGUAAGACUGCUGAACUGAAGAGAACCUAUCCUGCAUGAUCUUGGUACAUCUCUUAAGGUCAACCUUGCCCUACCACUCCUUGUCAAACUAGUCCUCAUAAAAAAAUAGUCAACACUGUUGGAAUUAUCGCUGGACUUUUUCCUUGUAGCACUCCAACUUGUUCUUACUUUCAGUAAGUAUUAUGGACAUUUGUUACUGAUAAAUGCAUCCCUGGAAUUACCUCAAGAAAGUCAACUUUGUUUGCACUGAGAUCUAUCACUAAAAGGAGAGACUCUACUGAAAAACAUCACAAGUUGGUUCCAGGACAGUGUAACAAGACACUGACCAAUGACUUUGGAGGGUAUUCUCCCCUGAUUACCACUGGACACUAUGGACUUGUGUUUCCAUUGAGAAGGCAAACUAUACUGUUAGCACCAAAUACAACUUCUUUCACUGCACCAAACUGCAUACUUACUACAUCAGGUGUGCACAUCUGUUUUUAGACAGUGCAUGAUGGGAGCGGCACGUGUGAAACGUCGCUUCAGUGCUGUGGUGGAUGGGCCAGUGGAGGAGGAGGAGGUCAUGAGGCUGGCACAGAGUGCUGCAGAUACGGCUAGGGCAGGGGGGAGCCCAACAGGGUCAGGGACCCCGCCAAGCCCUUCUCCGACCCAUGCCCUCAAUGGCAAAGCUCUACCUCUUCAGAGCAACACCAACAAUGCACGGAGGCAGAGUUUCAUUGAAGAAUCAGUUGGAGGAGAUGCAGGAGGAGAAGGCGGAGUGAGAGCAGGAGGAAUGUGCUCAGGGCUAAGACGUGGAAGAGGUGGUAGUGGCGGAGGAAGAGAAGGCCGUUCCUCUUCGGACCAGGACUCACUCUCUUCCCCUUCCAGUACCAGCCGCCGUCGCACCAGGCGCUCAAGCCGCCGGCCCCGACAACGCUUUGUGGGCAAGGACGGACGCUGCAACGUCACCUUCGUCAACAUGAGCGAGAGGGGCCAGCGGUACCUCAGCGACCUCUUCACUACCUGUGUGGACAUCCGCUGGCGCUGGAUGUUAGUCAUCUUCACCCUCUCCUUCCUUCUCUCCUGGCUGCUUUUUGGAUUUGCUUUCUGGCUCAUUGCCUCCGCGCAUGGGGACCUCUCCAUUCGGCUCACCCCAAGCCCAGGUGCCUCCUCUGGAACAGGGGAGGCCGGGUCUGGAGGGGAGUCUGAUGGAGAGGUAGUGGUUGAGGAGCCGUGUUUCUUCCAAGUGAACAGCUUCAUGGCGGCCUUUUUAUUCUCCUUGGAGACACAGACAUCCAUAGGUUACGGAUUCCGAAGUGUAACCGAAGAAUGUCCCCUGGCGGUGGUGGCGGUCGUUUUGCAGUGCAUUGUGGGCUGCAUUAUUGACGCCUUCAUCAUCGGGGCAGUCAUGGCAAAGAUUGCCAAGCCCAAGAAGCGCAAUGAGACUCUGGUGUUCUCUGACACAGCUGUGGUGGCACUGAGGGACGGAAAACUUUGCAUGAUGUGGAGAGUUGGAAACCUACGGAGGAGCCACCUGGUAGAGGCACAUGUCCGAGCACAACUACUGAAAUCAAGGGUGACACCAGAAGGAGAGUUCCUUCCCCUAGACAAUAUGGACAUCAAUGUGGGUUUUGACACCGGCACUGACCGCAUUUUCUUGGUCUCCCCGGUGACUAUUGUACACGAGAUCAACGAAGAGUCUCCCUUUUUUGAGAUGGACAGAAAAACCCUGGAGAAAGACUCGGAGUUGGAGGUUGUGGUCAUACUCGAAGGCAUGGUGGAAGCUACAGCCAUGACCACGCAGUGUCGCAGCUCCUAUCUGGCCUCUGAAAUCCUCUGGGGACACCGCUUUGAACCUGUGCUCUUUGAGAGGAGAGACUGCUACCAGGUGGAUUACUCUUUCUUCAAUAGGACAUAUGAAAUUGAGAACACUCCUUCAUGCAGUGCUAAAGACCUGGCUGAACAGAAGUACAUUCAAAGUUCAUGCUCGUCAUUCUGCUACGAGAAUGAAGUGGCUCUGCAACUUGUUUCCCCUGAGUCUGAGCAAGGCCCAGAGUGUCCCUCCCCACCAACCAGGAGACAGUCUCUGUCAGAACAUCUCCACUAUAACUGAAGGUGUAGGAUAGCUGCCCUCAAAGGAAAAAAAAGACAAGAAGUUGACCCAGGGGUUUAGAAGAUGUACAGGUAAAAAGAGCAGCAUAGACAGGCAGACUUCAUGAGAUGUGAUGGACGUACAUGGAUAAUGCCAUGAGCUGCUAUUGUUAGAAACUGGGAGAUAGGAAAGAAAGUGCAGAGUAGGAGAGAAUCUAGAGAAAGUGUACAAUGUUCUGAAACACAUUGUGGGAUAGAACCCAGAGUACAGAUGUAGACAGGAGAUCCACAGUUAGAGUUUUUGGGUCUGCUUGUUUGGAGAUGGGAUUACUACCUUGUUGUCUGACUGGCCCUGGCAAUCUUGCAGAAUCGUUGAAAACUUGUGUCUCAUCUGGCCCAUCACUACCACAACACGCUGGAUGGCUCUUAUACCUAACCAGCAGGAUGUACAAUAGCACCCCAUGGUGGUUUUAACCUGCAACUGCACAUCCUUUGUGGUUUUGGAAAGACCUUUGGACCUGAAAUGAAUGGCAGUGUACCUACUAAGGUACAACUCAGGAAUGUAUUCCACCAUGAUGAAGACUUAUCAUUUUAAUGUUUUAUUUUUGUAUGGUAAGUAUGGACUGUAUACCUUUUGUAUUAUUAUGAGUUUAAAUUGUUCUUGAGACUGUUAGACUAGAGAAACAGUAACAUGGAGAAACUGCUGGAAAUUGGCAGCGGUUUUGAGCAGUAUCUAUCCAUGUAAUAUAUAUUUACUAUUUUAAUGUGUAAUGCAAAAAUGCUGAUGGAUUGUAGCCUUUGCUUUAAUUAAUCAAUGUGUUGUGAUGAGUUGAAUGCCAUUUUUGAGCUCUAGUAGUGACAGAGAUCAGAUAGUCACAAGACAAUCACAAGACCUACUUUCUUACAUUAAUACAUGCAUUAUAUCAUCCUUUAUUGUGUUGCUAAAAUCAACUCAGAUCACAAAAUUGAUUUACCCUCAUGCUUUUGGAUUCCUGGCACAGUGGUUCAUGAAUCCAAGGCAAAUGAGCUGUUCUUGUUGACUCUGAAUUCACUGGAGGCUUACGGACACCUCCACAAUCACCCGAACACAAAUUAGUGUUAGACUGAUGCGGAUAGUGAUGUUGGGAUGAUUUAUCAUUCCUUUAUCUUGAGAAGGGAGCAACUGUUUAACAUCCUCUUAAAUUGCAAAGAGUCACAUUUCAAACUACACCACAUUCAUAAAAUGAUUCUUUAUCAUUGUGUUUGUAAAAUCAUGUAGCACCCAAGUUAUUUGAAUGUGUUAAGAGUUGGUUUCUCUCACAAACUGUGAGAACAUUGUGGAGGGUGGUGCCUUCAUAACAGUCGAGACAUUUUAACCCUUAGUCUGCAGCAGUUUCUUUGAUGCUUAAAUUGUAUUUAUUUUGUGGGACUGUAUUUUGAGAAGAAUUCAUUGCGCAAAAGUGAUUAUUUUUCAGUCACCCUAACACUUGCAAUAUGCAGUGCUAAGCAGGCCUGUCUAUGCAGAGAAAUUACUGUGAAUCUACUCUAUGACUGGGUAGUCUCAAUAUGACUUUGCACUGAUACUGUGCAAAUGCUUGUAGCUGUAUUAUGUUAUAGACUAUAUAAUAGUUGCACUUUGUUGUAUUACAUUGCACCUGGAAUGUUCUUGUUUAUUUCAAAUCCUAUGUUAUUUUAUAGUAAACUAUGCCACCUGAGAAUUUAAGCCUGCUGAUUACAGGAGUAUAACAUAAUGUGUUGACCAAUAAUCAGCCUGUUCAACGCACAACCUGGGAACUUGUUCUUUGUACUUUGCACUAAUAUAUAGAAACAAAUAUUGCUAAUGAAGCUCUACAACAGCACAGUGUUUAUGGGACAGCUCAGUUUAACCUCAGUGAGUAAGUAGCAGUGUUUCAGUUGAGUAAUUGAAAAGAGAUUCUAUGGAAACUCAGGGGAGAAUGAGGCAUUGCUCAGAUAUUAUCCAUUACAAUUAGUGUUGAUGUUGUUCUAUGUUUCUGUCCUCUCUUAUGCCUCUCUUUUAUGGCUGCCAUGUUCUAUUUAUUGGCUGCAUGUGGGGUCAGACCAUCCACCCUUCCUCCACUUCCAUGAAAUGUCACUUGAACUUAAAGUACCAUCACUUUCCCCAUGUUAGUAAUUGUUAAACACUCUGAAGGAAAGAUGCUUAUGGAUUAUUUGGUCAUUUCAACAAGUGUUAAGAGUUUUCAGUCUCACUAUACACAGUAAACCAUGAAAUAGAUAAAAUUUCAAGAUUUCUAACAAGCUACUGAGACAAACCAAUGAAUGCUGUAGUUUUCUGUCCCAGGUUAUUUUUCCAGAGAAAAAUAUAAUUUUUUUAAUUUCGGAAUUUAUAGUAAUAUUAUUUAUUUGUAAAAUAAAUUAUGUUUAUAUUUAUUUUGUAGUAAUUUCAGAGCUGCCUCUUGCACAUAGCACUUCCAAAAACUGAACACUGGUGUAGAGCAAAUAAAACAUCUGAAUUUAAAUU